AUGGCGAAGGCUCAGUCCCCCAAGGUCCAGGAGGAGGAGGUCAGUGCGGUGUGGAGGAGGCGUCUGGUUAUGAAGGGCUUUGUAGGCUACAUCACUAGUGCUUCUGCCUCGGCUCCAAAAUGCGCUCUCCUCCGCCUUGUCACUAUCACCACCACCAUCAUCACCACCACCACCACCAUCGUCUCCUGCAGCCUCAGUAGCACCGGGCUGCAGCAUCAGUGGAGUGGACCGUCGCCGGAUAACAUGCGCGCAUCCCCCAAAUCACCAACUCGCCACAGCAGCAUGGUCCUCUAUAUGCAGGAGGGGGGCAGUGCCAGAGCCUCACACAGGGUCUUCAGUGUCCUGGACCGACUGCUCCUCACUCACCCCGUGUGGCUGCAGCUCGCACUCAACCAGGAGUCUGCUGUUUACAUCCUGCUACGGGAGCCUGUGGGGACCUUUUUGGUUCGUAAGUGCAGCUCGAGCCAGAGGAAAGUGCUGUGUUUGAGAGUGACAUCGGACAGAAGCGCCUCGUCAGUCAAAGAGUGCUUCAUCUGUGAGGAGGACUCCACCUUUGCUUUGGAGAGCUCAGCACUCAGCUUCCCCGACCUCUGUCGACUGGUGGCCUUCUACUGUAUCAGCAGAGAUGUGCUCCCGUUUCCACUGAAGCUCCCAGACGCUAUCGCCAAAGCCACAACACACAGACAGCUGGAGGCCAUCUCCCACAUGGGCCAAGAUUUCUGGAGUUCCCCAAAUGCUUCGGAGGUCCAGAACGGCCCGGUGGAGCAAGGUCCCUCCACAAGCAGCAGUCUGAAGAGUGUGAACCAGGACUGGAACCUGAACAUGACCCGAGGCAGACAGGGCAAACUCUGCUUCAUCAACCCACUCUUCCUACAGCUGGAGGUCUUAAAGCAACAGCAGCAGCUCGCAAACCACAGCGCCUCCAACAAACGGCACAGGUUCAAACGCAGCAUGAGACUGAGGCUCUCUGAGUCGUCCAUGAACCUGUCUCUGGAGGGAGGCUCCUUCUCUCCACCACUGUCCCAGGACCAGGACGGAGCAGGGCGAACACAGAAGCCCAACCCACAGAGGAGGCUUCACGCUGGGGCAGGAGUACUAAGGAGGACCCCCGCUGUGUCCCCUGGCUCUGCAGAAGAGGAUGAUAUGAUGGCUGUACACACCACACAAGUAUGUGCAGGUAAAGCAGAGGAGCCCCCUGCGCCCCCUCCUCCUGCUCCAGUGGGACAGUCCAGCACUGAGGUGUCGGCUCUGGCCUUGGAGAGACGCCCCGCUCCCUCUCUGGCCGAACUGGACAGCAGCAGCUCCUUCAGCAGCAUGGACUCCGACUCAGACUCUGAAAGCAUGUCCGAAACACAGCCACAGAGCUCACAGCGCCCCCCUCUGGUCCGCUCCAGGGGCCGUGGCGGGAUUCAUAGAAUGAGCGAGGCGUUUGUGUGUUUCUUUGCUCCAGACAAGCGUUUGACCCGGCUCGUGGAGGAGCUGUCCCGAGACAGGCGAUCUACAUUUGGGGGCAUGGUUCAGGACUUUCUGCUGACUCAAAGGGAGGCGCUGAAGGCUCUGGUGUCAUCUUUGUCUGCUCCUCGUGUGACGUCAGUGCAGCUCCUUCAGGGCGUCAGGAUGUUUUUGUCCCAGGCCAAGUGCUGCCUGCUGGACAGUGGAGAGUUGGAGCCCCCCAUAGAGACACUGGUCCCCGAGAAUGAAACAGACCUUGCCCUGGAGCGUGCCAUGUUUUCCUGUGUGCUCCGACCUCUUCGCUCUCACAUCAAAAAGACCCUGCUGACCCUCCAUGACCAGGACGGGUCCAGCCAGCGCCUGUCCCAGAACAUGGUGCGUCUGAAGGGGGAUGGGGCCAUGGCCAAGCUGGGGGUCCGCACUGGGGUCCCGGACAGCAGAGAGGUGGAGAGGGUCAAACAGAAGCUGACUGUGAUGCACCGAACACACUCGCCCAUAGACAAAGUGCUGCUACUUCUGCAGAUCUGCAAAAGUGUGCACAAGGCCAUGGGGGUACCACAUGGACAGGAAGUGAGCUGGGACGACUUCCUGCCAUCUCUGUCGUAUGUGAUCGUGGAGUGUAACCGGCCUCAGCUCCUCAUCGAUGUGGAGUUCAUGAUGGAGCUACUGGAGCCCUCGUGGCUUGGAGGAGAAGGGGGGUAUUACCUGACCAGUGUGUACGCCAGCCUGUGUCUGAUUCAGAACUGGGACCAGGAGAAGCCUUUGGGGGGGUUCAUGACACCCCAAGCCCAGGAGGCGCUGCAGGAGUGGAGCAGCCGACGGAGCAGAGAGGCCCAGAGACACAAGGACAACCAGCACAACCAGAGGUGCGUUCGGAUACUGUUCCAGGACGGGGAUCGUAGUGCGGUGCGGACCUUGCAGUGGAGGGCGGGGGAGACGAGCCAGGCGUUGGCCCAGCUGUGCGCCUCCACGUUUGGGGUGUCUGACCCUCAGCAGUACACCCUGUUCUGGAGGAGCGGGGGCGAGAUGAGAGCCCUCCCACCCCAAGCCCAACCACAAGACCUGGCUAGCCACAGCGAAGGGGGUCCCUCUCUGUCCUACCUGCGCACGGACCACGACUUCAGCAAGAUGCGGCGGCUCACCAGAGGGGGCGCUGUGGACCUGAGCGAAUCCGUGUGUGAGGAGUGA